AAUCUAGAGCUCCUCCCUUAAAAUCCUGCCCGACACUAGCAAUAUCUCACAAAGAAUGCUUCAGCCUUGAAAUCUAUUCAAAUGAUUACCUCAAAACAAAUCUGGAUAGGAUCCUGUUCUUCAGUUCUUCAAGGAAAGGGAUUUUGAGAAAACAGAAGACAGGGCUUUGUUCCUCUCCUUGCCAUGGUUGCCUGGCAGAAUGAUUCUGUGCUGAAGCAGCUGCUGCAUCUGAUUCUCCUCCACACAGCCUGGGAGAUGGGGAGCGGCCAGCUCCAUUAUUCUGUGCCGGAGGAAUCCCAGCAUGGCACCUUUGUGGGCCGCAUUGCCCAGGACCUGGGGCUGGAGGUGAGUGAGCUGGUGCCUCGGAUGUUUCGGAUGGUCUCAGAAGGACAGAAGGACUUCUUUGAGGUAAAUGUGCAGAAUGGGAUCUUGUUUGUGAAUUCCAGGAUAGACAGGGAGGAGCUGUGUGCUGAUAAUGCAGAUUGUUCCAUCCAUCUGGAGGUGAUUGUUGAUAAACCUCUGAGGGUUUUCCAUGUGGAGGUGGAGAUAAGGGACAUAAAUGACAAUGCUCCUAUUUUCUCUUCAAAUGAACAAAUUCUGAGCAUAGCAGAAGUCAUAACACCAACUGGCACCAGAUUCCCAUUGGAGGGAGCCUCAGAUGCUGAUAUUGGUACUAAUGCUCUUCUAACUUACAAGCUGAGGCCCAAUGACUAUUUCAGUGUGGAACAAAAAACAGAUGGCCACCAUAAUAAACCCUUGGCAAUUGUUUUGAGGAAACCACUGGACAGAGAAGAGAUCCCUACCCAUCAUUUGCUACUCACAGCCACUGAUGGUGGAAAACCAGAACUCACUGGCACAGUCCAGCUGGUGAUCAAUGUGCUGGAUACAAAUGACAACCCUCCUGUUUUUAACCAGUCAGUUUACAGGAUAAAAUUGGUAGAAAAUUCAGCUAAUGGGACAUUAGUUGUCAAACUGAAUGCCACUGACUUAGACGAAAGAACGAAUGGAGAAAUCUCCUAUUUUUUUUCUGCACAUAUAGCACCAAACUUUCGAAAGAUUUUCAACAUAAACUCCAAUACAGGGGAAAUAACUGUAAGUGGAAGAGUAGAUUUUGAAGAUAGAAGUGUAUAUGAUCUUCAGAUUGUGGCAGAAGAUAAAGGCAAUCCUCCAUUGUCUGAGCACUGCCAAUUGAUUAUUGAAGUGUUGGAUGUGAAUGACAAUGCUCCAAAAGUGUCAGUCUCUUCCCUCUCAGUGCCAGUCCCAGAGAACUCACCACUAGGGACAGUGGUGGCCCUCAUCAGUGUGUCAGACAAGGACUUUGAAGCCAACGGGCAAGUCACCUGCUCCCUGUGGCCACCUGGCCUCCCCUUCAAACUGGUAUCUACUUUCAAGAAUUACUAUUCUUUAGUUGUGGCUGAGCCCCUGGAUCGGGAACACAUGGCUGAGUAUGGAUUGAUGGUGAUGGCCCAAGACCAAGGGGUCCCGUCUUUGUCUUCCAGCAGUACUGUAGUUGUGCCAAUCAGUGACAUCAAUGACAAUGCACCUGGUUUUGCUCAGCCCUCUUACACAGUCUUUGUGAAGGAGAACAACCCACCAGGUGCCCAUAUCUUCACAGUGUCUGCCUUUGACCCAGACAUAGCGGAGAACAGUCUAAUCAGCUACUGGAUUGAUGAAAAGCUGUGGCCACUGUCAAGUUACAUUUCAGUACACUCAGAGAGUGGGAAGCUCUAUGCUUUGCAGCCUCUGGAUUAUGAGGAGCUGAAGCUUUUGGAGUUCCAAGUGAAUGCCAAGGAUGCUGGGCUGCCCUCCUUGUGUGGCAACGUGACUAUUCAAGUCUUUGUGGUGGAUGAAAAUGAUAAUGCGCCUGCAGUGACUGGGCAGACAGAAGACAACGCUAUUCUUAUAGUGCUUCCUGUGUCAGCUGGGCACAUGCUAGGCAAGAUUCAUGCUCUUGAUGCUGAUUCAGGAUACAAUGCAUGGCUGCGCUAUGAACUCCAUGAAGGAAAUAGUGGACCUUGGCGUGUGGGCCUGUAUAGUGGUGAAAUAAGUACCAUCCGCUCUGUGGAUGAGGCAGAAGGAAGUAGGAGUCAUAACUUGCGUGUACUUGUAAGGGAUCAUGGUAAGCCUCCACUUUCAGCCACAGCCACACUGAGUGUAUCACUAGUGACAAGUGCCCAGGCCAUUCAAACCAACAUCCGCCUUCCCAGGACAGAUGAGACCUCAAAGCCUAAGGCAGAUCUUGUCAAUUUGUACUUGAUCAUUGCCAUCUGCUCAGUGUCCAGCUUAUUUCUGCUGGCAGUCAUCACGUAUGUAGCUUUGCGGUGCCAAUUUCAGCCCAAGGAGCCAAUGGUAUAUGGUCCUGGAACAGCCACACUGGUCUGUGCCAGCGAAGUGGGCAGCUGGUCCUAUUCAAACCGCCACAGCCACAUCCUGGCAGGAGUAAAUGGGGAGGCUCUAGCCAAGAAUGACCUCAUGGUUUUCAGUCCCAACAUCCCUGCUUCUUCUGAGAAUGGGAAUCAGCAGGACCUUCUCUGUGGAAUGGUUAGUAUUAUUCAUGGUAGGUUUUCUUUCCUAACAUUGGAUUUUACCAUUUGGGUGGCAUAGAUGAGCUUUCUCUCU